AUUAACGGUGACUUUUAUUGACUGGCUAAAUCAAGUACAAUAUUAAUUAUUACUGGAGCCCUAAUAUUUAAUGCAACUAGGCAGACAUUUUGUUGGCAAAGUGUCCCCAUCCCGCACAAUAAUUGGAUUGGCGCAUGCGCAGAAUAUAUUUUUUAUAAUAUUAUAACAGAGGGAAAAGGAAAUAAUGGUGGGAAAAAAUCUCAAACUUUUUCCGGGCCAACUAUAUAUGGAGUUACCGAAAAAUUUAUUGAUAUCUAGGUAUACACCUGUUGUAAUCCCGAGUAUAUGAUGUCAACAAUGAUUGAAGCGAAUGUAACUAAUGAUCAUGAAGAAUAUCAGUACUUGAAUUUAAUUGAACAAAUAAGAAAACAAGGAACCAAUAAAAAUGAUCGUACUGGAGUUGGUACUUAUUCAAUUUUUGGGACACAAUUGCGAUUUUCUCUAAAAAACGGUACAUUUCCAUUACUAACUACAAAAUCAGUAUUCUGGAAAGGUGUAGUUGAAGAACUACUAUGGUUUAUUAGUGGAUCGACAAAUGCUCAUAAGCUUUCUGAGAAAGGUGUUCAUAUUUGGGAUGCAAACAGUUCAAGAGAAUUUUUAGAUACUUAUGGAUUUCAGGAUAGAGAAGAAGGUGAUUUAGGACCCAUCUAUGGAUUUCAAUGGAGACAUUUUGGAGCUGAGUAUACUAAUAUGCACGCAGACUAUACUGGGAAAGGUAUAGACCAACUUCAAAAUGUUAUUGAUACACUGCGUACUAAUCCAAACGAUCGACGAAUGAUAAUGACUGCAUGGAAUCCUAACGAUAUUCCAAAAAUGGCAUUACCACCUUGUCACUGUCUUGUCCAAUUCUAUGUUAGUAAUGGCGAACUUUCUUGUCAUCUUUAUCAACGCAGUGCUGACAUGGGUCUCGGAGUACCGUUUAAUAUUGCAUCAUAUUCACUUUUAACGUAUAUGAUAGCCCAUAUAACGAAUUUAAAACCCGGAGAGUUCAUUCAUACAAUGGGCGAUUGUCACGUAUAUUCAAAUCAUAUGGAUGCUUUAGAAACUCAGUGCAAACGUAAGCCAAAGCCAUUUCCAAAAUUGAAAAUUACAAGAGAUGUGAGAGAAAUCGAUGAUUUUAUUGCAUCCGAUUUUGAAUUAAUUGGUUAUAAUCCACACCCAAAAGUAUUAAUGAAAAUGGCUGUUUAAACGAAUUAUUUUUAUGAUUCAGAGAAUAGUGUAAAAAAGUAAAAUGGUUCAGUAUUUUAUACAAAUUACUGUUGCAAAAAAAAAAAAAUUUUAAUACGCAGAAGUGAAGUUCCGGUUUUGAAGACUCAUCCGUAAACUAGUUUUUUUUAUUUUUCUAAAUCAUCUUUUUUCUGAUCCGCAACGUCAUUUAGAAACCCUGCUAAAACGCUUUUUUAGGCCACAAUAAGUAGGAAUCACUUUAUUAUAUGUAUCAAUUAUACACUAUAUUUUUAUAUUAAACAUUGUAAUAAUAAACUUUUGAUUUAUAAACAAAGGAAAUCGAAAUCGAAGCAUACAAAACUUGAGCAGUAAACUUAGGAUUAUUGUUCAAAAGUUAAUUACAAGAAAACUUUUUAUUAUAAAUUUGAUGAUAAAUGUAACUAAACAUUAUUUGAUUGAAAGAAUUGAAGUUCUCAAUGAUAAAAUAUCUUCAAAUUUUAUCUGCAUUUAAUAAAUUAGAAGUUCAUUAAAUUAUGUUUAUGAAAUAAAUGAGCAAUGACUUUAUUCUUUUGAGAAAGUA